AUGUCAACUCCUUCUAAAAGACCAUCUUCGCGAGCUUCUUCAGAAGCCCUAACACCAUCUCGCAGAACACGAGCGUCUCAACAAGUAAUCGUACCCGAGACACCUCAACGGUCUACCGGUACUCCGUCAAAAGAUGGAACUCCAGGAACUCCGCGGAGAACACCGCGCACUCCAACUCACCAGGUUCCAGGCACUUCCCCAGCCAGAGCUCUUGAAUCUAGCCCUAUUGGCAUGGAUAUUGAUAUGAGUUCGCCAUUGAACUAUGGAACACCAAGCUCACUGAGCACACCUCGAUCACUCAUGAGGGGAGCUAUGACUCCAGCAAGACAAAGAGCUGACUUGCGAGGACAUCAAGUGGGUCCAAAUGUUCCUGCACCUACUCCAACAAGACAUGCUGAAGGAGGUCAAGAAACAGCUUCAAGCGAGCCUCAGCUUGUAGUGUGGGGUACGGACGUUGCAAUUGCAGAAUGUCGAGAGAAGUUCAUAAAGUUUCUCCAGAGAUUUGUCGAACCCACUGCAGUCACCAAUGAGCCAUUAUAUGAAAUGAAACUGGAGGAGAUUCACACCCUUGAAGAGCCAUUUUUGGAUAUUGAUUGUGAACAUGUUAAAGUUUUUGAUGCUAAACUCCAUAGACAAUUUGUUUGUUAUCCUCAAGAGGUGAUUCCAGCAUUUGACGCAGCAGUUAAUGAGUUGUUCUUUCAAAAGUAUCCAGCUGCAGUGCUGGAACAUCAGAUACAGGUCAGGCCAUACAAUGCACCGCAUAGGCAUAUGAGGGAUUUGAAUCCUGAAGACAUCGACCAACUGGUAACCAUAUCGGGCAUGGUGAUCCGCACGUCGACCAUCGUGCCGGAAAUGCGCGAAGCCUACUUCCGGUGCGGGGUGUGCGGGGCGGGGGCGGCGGCGGAGCUGGAGCGGGGUCGCGUGCCGGAGCCCGCUCACUGCUCGCACUGCAGCACGGCGCACAGUUUCCAGCUCAUACACAACCGCUCGCACUUCACCGACAAACAGCUGGUCAAGCUGCAAGAGGCCCCCGAUGAUAUGCCAGCCGGUCGGACCCCAGCCACCGUCAGUGUAAUGGCCCAUGGGGCCUUAGUGGAAGGGGUGGGGGCGGGAGAAAGGGUCGCGGUGACCGGAGUGUUCCGGGCUGCGCCUGCGUCCGUCAACCCUCGGAGGGCAACACUCCGGGCAUUGCAUAGGACCCACAUAGACUCAUUGCAUUACAAGAAAACCCAUUCUGAUAGAUUGCACGAUAUGGAAGAGGGUAAAGAGCACCAGUUUCCUCCGGAACGCGUGGAAAUGUUCAAGACGUUGUCCUCGCAGCCGGAUUGCUACGAGAGGCUCGCGAGGGCCAUAGCGCCGUCUAUUUACGAGAACUUGGACAUUAAGAAGGGAGUGCUGCUGCAGCUUCUCGGAGGCACCAAGAAGAACUUCAAUGCCGCUGGUCGGACACACUUUAGAUCGGAAAUAAACAUUUUGCUGUGCGGAGAUCCGGGGACGAGUAAAUCCCAGUUGUUGCGCUGGGUGCACUCCCUGGUCCCUCGGGCGCAGUACACCUCCGGCAGAGGCUCCUCUGCGGUGGGACUCACGGCUUACGUCACCAAGGACCCCGAUACGCGACAGCUCAUACUGCAGACAGGGGCUCUAGUGUUAUCUGAUAACGGAAUAUGUUGCAUCGACGAGUUUGACAAAAUGAACGAUUCCACUCGCAGUGUUCUCCACGAGGUGAUGGAACAGCAGACCCUGUCGAUAGCGAAGGCCGGCAUCAUUUGCCAACUCAACGCCCGGACGUCGAUCCUGGCGGCGGCCAACCCGGCCGAGUCCCAGUGGAACAAGAACAAGACCAUCGUCGAGAAUGUUCAGCUGCCUCACACGCUCAUGUCGAGAUUCGACUUGAUAUUCCUGAUAUUGGACCCGCAAGACGAAGUCUUCGAUCGCAGACUGGCCUCACAUUUGGUCUCCCUCUAUUACCGAGACCCCAGUCAAGUGCACGAAGAUGAUGAGGAUUUAAUCGGUAUCAACUUGAUGCGGGACUAUUUGGCAUUCGCCAAGGAAAACGUCCACCCCACACUCAGCGAGGCUUCGCAGCAGAGACUUAUUGACGCCUACGUUGACAUGAGGCGGGUAGGCAGCGGUCGCGGUCAAAUAUCGGCCUACCCGCGUCAGCUGGAAUCCCUCAUUCGGCUAGCAGAGGCUCACGCCAAGGUUCGCUUAUCUUCCGUCGUGGAGAUCAAGGACGUCGACGAAGCUGCUCGACUCCAUCGUGAAGCCUUGAAGCAGUCGGCCACCGACCCGGCCUCGGGCCGUAUCGACGUAGGGAUCCUCACGACCGGUCUGGGCGCGGCUGCGAGAAGGCGUCGCGCCGAUCUGUUGGCUGCCCUCAAGGAGGCCUUGGAACCGAUGCAGAGGCCGUCUACCCUCACGCACAACAAGUUACUGCAGAAGAUCAACGCAGGCUCCCAAAUCACGGUAUCCCGAGAGCAGUUGGACGAAGCUCUACGAGAUUUACAGGACGAAGGGAAAGUUACUGUCGUCAGUUCCUCGCAUAUUAGAAUUAUUUGA